UUGACGUUUCGUAAUCGCUAGUCUUUUUUUCAAUUACAAGGUCGGUUCUGCUCAGCUGCAGAAAUAUUUUUAGCCAGUAACUUGAAGCCGAAGAACUUGAGUCGGAUUCGAUUUGUCUGCUCUGUCGUACAAACAGCAGCGAGGGGAACUCAAAGACUGAGCCCUGGCUUCGGACGGGCUGAGCGGGUUGUUUGCAGAAGAGCGCUGUGACAGAGAGGCUGGGCGCAGCAGCAGCAUGGCAGCCCUCAGAGCCGCAAAACAAGCACUGCGAACAGAAUUAAAGAAGAGGAUAUCUCAGCUGAGCGACCAAGAGAAACUCCGACAGUCUCAUAUCGUUACUCAGAAGCUCAUCAAGCACCCGAAGUAUCAGCGUUGUCAAAGGAUCGCUGUCUUUUUAAGCAUGCAUGAUGAGGUUCAGACUGAGGAGAUCAUUGAGGACAUCUUCCAGAAAGGCAAAGUGUGUUUUAUCCCCAAAUACCAGAAAAAAAGCCACCACAUGGACAUGGUGAAGCUGACUGCAGCCAGCGAGAUCCACGCCCUGCCCCUGACCUCCUGGAAUAUCCCCCAGCCCUCUGAGGAGGAGCACCGAGAGGAGGCCUUGGAUACAGGAGGUCUUGAUUUGAUCCUCAUGCCUGGCCUGGGAUUUGACAAGAAUGGGAACCGCCUGGGGCGUGGAAAGGGGUACUAUGACACCUACCUGGGGCGCUGUAUGAACCACCCCAAAGGGAAGCCAUACACCAUUGCUGUGGCUUUCAAGGAACAGAUCUGCGAUGCGAUCCCAGUGGCCGACAAUGACAUCCAAGUUGAUGAAAUACUGUAUGAAUUCAAAUAAACUGCCCACCAGGAAGAACAAAGCAUGGUUCCAAGGAUUCAUCUGAAACCCAGCGGCGUCCCAGCCUCCUUUAAUUGGCUCCUUUCCUUUACUUCAAAUGUGCCUUGUCCAAUUUAAUAAGCCUGUUUUAAAUGAAAAGUACACACGUAACCAUGGAGACCUUCGUGUUGAAGCGAAAACCUCAGAUGACCUUAAAUACAGGGCUUGUAUACUGUAAAAAAAAAAAUUAUAUAUAUAUAUAUAUAUAUAUAUAUAUAUAUAUAUAUAUAUAUAUAUAUAUAUAUGAAUGUUAAGCUUACUGUUUUGAAUAUUAUAAUUAAUGAAACUGUUGAAAUGAAGACAAUUGCUGCCCAGUUUAAACUACUCUGUCUUGUUCAGUUUAAUUUAACUGAGGUUUGUCAGUGAAGGUAAUCAUUUUGAAUUGUUAACUUUUACAUUGAAUUCGGUGUAGUUUUGCAGUGUGCAGUAUAUUAAGCCAAAGGUCUAUCCGUCAUCAGACUACAAGAAAAACAUAAUUUGGUAAAGCAAGGUUCUACUUGUUCAAUUCUUUCACUAACAUUUUUUUAACAAAGUCAAGGUCGCUAAAAAAUGCAAAUGAAUGUUUUAUGAGAAUAAAUAUUUUUCAUGACACUA